AUGGGAGCGGUGCUGAGUGUGGUGGUUGCAGUAGCUGUGCCUCUUGGCGCAGGCUUUGGUAUCGGCCUUGCGAUCAAAGACGAUGUGAAGGGAUGGUACAAGACUCUGAAGAAGCCUGACUGGAACCCCCCCGACUGGCUGUUUGGCCCCGUCUGGAGCGCCCUCUACACAGCCAUGGGCAUUGCCUCGUGGGACGUCUGGCGCAAAGGUGGCGGAUUCGUUCCCCUGAGCCUGUACGCAGUGCAGCUGGCGAUGAACCUGGCCUGGUCCCCCCUCUUCUUCAAGAAGCACGAGAUCGGCUUUGCUCUCGCUGACAUCACAGCGUUGUUGGGCGUGCUGUCAGCGACCAUCGUCAGCUUCCACCAGGUCUCGCCUACAGCGGCGUACCUUCUCGUGCCCUACUUUGGCUGGUCCCUCUUUGCCACCGGCCUCACCCUCAGCAUCUACAAGAAGAACCCCAAGCACCGUGGCACUCUCAACCACGAGGAGGGGCCACUGAAGGAGGGCAUUGACAAAACAGUGGAGGCAGCCAUUGUCACUGCUGACAAGACCAUCGAGCUCAGCUCUGCCGCCGCCGACAAGACGAAGGAGGCUGCUUCCAAGGCCAAGGAUGCUGUGCCAAAGCUGGACCUUGGAGGAACUUCAGACCCUGCUGCCAAGGAAGCAUGAGCGCUGACUGCAAUUUCUCGUUAGGUGCUGGGUAUAAUAUCACCUCUGUACAAAGCCUGACAGUGCAUGUGACGUGGAGUCCUGAGAAGCUACUGCAAUGCCCAUUACUGGUUUCACUGUGGUUCUGGCUUUGUGGCCGACAGGACGACAAACUCUGACUGCACCUUUUUGCAAAGUCUACCUUCAGGUUCAUGUCCCUUUGCAUGCAUGCUUACUAAAGCACGGUGUGGUAAUUACUGAUAAGGUCUAGGUUCAAUGAGUUGUUUUCUGCUGAUCUCUCAAAGUGUGGGACGGUUUUGGACAUCUGGUUUGCUUGUAAAAUUGUUUGCACUGCAGACCAUCAGGCGAUUUCAUGCGUGCUCCGACAAACUUUCAAAUUUUUGGUGCAAGACUGUGUAAAGCUCUGGCAGCAUUUCCG